UUUAGUGUUUACUAUUUACUAUUUACUAUUCACUAGUAUUUAGUACUAGAUAAACUAAUAUAUUUAAGCCAUGAUCAAAUAUCUUUUGUGUCUCUGUUUCCUCUCAAUAAUAUUUCUCGGUGGUUUCUCGACCUAUACCAUUUUGCUUUAUUGCGUGGACUUUUUUUUUCUAACAUACAUUUUCUUUUAAGCUAUUAUUCAUAAUAUUUUAGUUGCAUAUUAAACAUUUAAAAUAUUGCAAGUUCAAGUUUAAAAUGUAAUUUGAUGUAAAUUAUAAAAACAAGUUAAAGUCGUAACUAUGUUAUUAUUUAUUAUGUGGUUGCUGAUCCCAACCAUAUUUUCGGCGUACUUUUCUGGUCGUCUUAUGUAUAUAAUUUUGCAACGUCUAACUAAUACACGAUCACUGAAAGAAUCAAAACAACCUGUUCGGACAUUAAUCGUCAUUGGUUCAGGCGGACAUACAGCAGAAAUGUUGCGUUUAAUGAAUAAUAUGAACAAGUUGAAAUUUAUGCCACGUUUGUAUCUAUUAGCCGACUCAGAUACAACAAGCCGUAACCGUGUAGAAAACGAUGAAAUUGGUGGUUUAGAUUGGUCCAUUUCAACUAUACCACGAUCAAGACAUGUAAAUCAAUCAUACUUAACAUCUAUUUUUUCAACUAUUUAUGCAAUUUUUAUAACUGUGCCUGUGGUUAUAUCAUUUAAACCGGAUAUGGUUUUAUGCAAUGGACCAGGUACUUGUGUUCCAGUAUGUCUGGUUGCUUUUUUGAUGAAAUUAUUCCAUUAUGCAGAUACGUCAAUUAUAUUUGUAGAAAGUAUCUGCCGGGUUAAGUCUUUAUCUCUAACUGGAAAACUAAUGUAUUUUAUUGCUGAUUUAAUAAUUGUUCAAUGGCCUGAAUUGAGACAGAAAUAUGGACAGAGAGUACACUAUCUUGAUGAAGGAUUGAAUUGAUGAAUCUAUUGUUUAAUUUAAAUAAUUUAAUACAUUUAAUAAUGUAUGUAAGUUAUUAAUGUACCUAUACUAUAUUCAAUAUUGUAUUGAAACUUGAAACUAUGUUU